GUGACGGAUGAACGUUUGUUUUUUUUAAAAAAACAGCGCGAUUUUACUGCGAUGAUUUUAUAGUUUCAGAGUUUUAUGAAAAGUUAUUUCAAGUAAUAUUCAACGUUAUGUCAACAAAGAAACUGGCCAAAGAAUUGGGAUUACUGAGGCAGAGGAGUCGGUCCUCUAAUGGGUUAAAGAAAUCAUUGGUAUCAAAUCAAAUAUUUUCAUACCUGAUCGUGAUUGAUUUUGAGUCCACUUGCUGGAGGGAGAAAAACAACUACACCCAGGAAGUUAUUGAGUUUCCUGCUGUUCUGCUCAACACAUCCACGGGGGAGGUUGAGUCCGAGUUUCACACUUACGUUCAACCCCAAGAACACCCCGUUCUCUCCGAGUUCUGCACUGAGCUGACAGGGAUUACGCAGAUGCGAGUUGAGGCAGGGAUUCCCCUCCAGAUCUGUCUUUCACGGUUCAACCGCUGGCUACAAAACCUGCAGCUCAAUAUGGGUGUGGUCUUUCCCAGUGGACAACAGAUAUCUUCUGCACCUUCACCUACUCAGAAAUUGUGUACCUUCCUCACGUGGUCAGACUGGGAUCUCGGAGUUUGUUUGCAAUACGAGUGUAAACGCAAGCAGCUCCACAAACCUGAUGUGCUCAACAGCUGGAUAGACCUGAGAAGCACCUACAGGCUGUUUUAUGACAGGAAACCCAAAGGCCUGAACGGAGCAUUACAAGAUCUAGGAAUACAGUUUUCAGGGAGAGAACAUUCUGGUUUGGAUGACGCACGAAAUACAGCUCAGCUGGCAGCGAGGAUGAUGAGGGAUGGUUGUGUGAUGAAGAUCACGAGGAGUCUGGUGAGGACCCCAUUAAUGAUCAAACCCAUGUUUGGAAACACAACUGCAGACAACAAGAAGGAAAAAUCCAACACCGAUAAAGAAGAAAACACACUUACCACAAACAAACCCUCAUUAUUCAAAAUGCCUCUCAAAGCAUGUCAGAUAAAAUCAUGUUCAGAGUUAAAUAAAGGAGAAUUAGGCACAAAGGAGAACUCAAGUUCAGCUCAGGAAUCUGCUCAAAACUGCCAAAGCAUCAUCUCACCAAAGACACUGCUGAAUGGUAAAACGCCACAAUGGGGACGCAGCAGGAGGGCCGUUACAGCAGAGGCUGUCACUAAUAUUUCCUCUUUGGUAAUGAGAAAUUAUCAGGCACCAAACAAAGAGAGCAACAACAGCAGCCUUGUUCUGUGUUCUACUACUGUGGGCUGCCUUUCAAAUCUGCCACAGCCAAACCAGGCCUCAAGAACAGGAGCAGCAGUAGGACUCGAGGAGGAGGAGGAGGAGGAAGGUGCCGACCUAUUAGUGGAAACAGAGGACAGGUGCGGCUCAUAUGAUGAUGUGGUGCUGGAGGGAGACGAUGAUAUCUGUGAUUAUGACAGCGGAUGUCAUGUGUGGGAAGAGCCUGAUGACACACAUUCAACAGAAGGUCAGGUCACUUUAAGGGACAAUUUACGAGAAACAGUCAGCGUUGAAAAUAACUUUAAAACUCAAAAGAUGACCAGUGAGUCAAUAACGACGUCUCUAUGUACAAAGAGUAUGAGAUCCUACGUGAAUGUGUCUCAUCACUUAAAUGAAAUCAGGCAGCAUUCAACAAUCUCAGAGCCAAGUACUUACUUUGCGGUGCCUAAAACUGUUUCUCGGGACUCAAAUCCGCACAAAACAGGACUUAGACACUCUUUUCAAGUACAAGAAAAGUCUGAUGGGCCCCAUAAAAACUCUAAAACAAACACACCCUUUCCAUUCAGGCACAAACCAUUCAUCCCAGAAAAGACCUCCACCCCUAUUGCCUCAUUUUUCAGGCCCAAAACAGUCAUAGCACAACACACAAACCACAAAGAGACUCCAAAAUCUUCCUUUACCAUCUACACUGACCCAGCAAAACCCUCCCGUCCCUCCUUGUGUGGCUCCUUCUGCACCUCAAAGAAUGUCCUCUCCUCUUUGUCCACCAACACGCUCUCCUCGCGUACCAAUGGUUCCUCCGUUUCUGUGGCAAUGAAAGGAGGACAGAGGAUCACAUCCCCACUGUGUGCGUGUGGGCGUCGUGCGAAGCGGCAGGUCGUGUCCAACGGUGGUCCGAACCACGGCCGAGGGUUUUAUUGCUGUCCGGUCCGCCGGUCGGGCAGCGGAGGGACGAUACAGAAGGGAUGCGAGUUCUUCAAGUGGGAGUCAGCUCUGAUGAAGAGCAGUUCAGUGGCCUCUCCUGCUGCCGGCUCCUCCGUCUCACUCUGUCAGAUCAACUCGACUCUAAGCUGUCGUCCGCCCCAGAGGGCAAUGAUAAGAAAGAGCUAUUAACUCGUUGGAGAAAGAAAGCUGAUGGUGUGUGUUUAUGUUUGUAUUGUGUUUAACUUGUUUAUCCUGUUUUACAUUUUACAAUCAUAGGGGAGAGCUCCAAUUUUACUGGCAUAGUGAAUGCUCAAGUUAAUUUAUUCAUUCUAGUUUGGACAAUUAAUUGGCUUUUAUCGAGUUAAAAUGUCCCCAAAAAUCGAAUUCACUGCUUUUCUAUAUUUCACAUCCCUAUACAUUGAAUAUGUUUGGCUGUUUUAGAUGUUUUAGGACAUAAAAGUCUAAUGAGCAUGAACAUGAAUAUUGACAAUUAACUCAUUAAAUCAUUUAUUUGAAAAAAUAAAAUCAACCAAUAAUGUACACUAAUAAUAAAUGUAAUUUUCUAUGUAUUGUACAGUAAAUAUAUUUGGAAUAUAUUUAAGUUA